CCACUCUGCUCACGUCUGUCUUUGCCGUUAGCUACCUUCUGUAGCGUUUAAUGAUUGCAUCGUUUCACAGUAUCUUGAACAUAUAUAUAUAUAUUUUUUUUUUACAAUUGCUGUAACCUUUGUGUCGUUUUUAUUACAAACUCAUUGGGUUAUAAAAAAAAAUAUCGAAAUUCAAGUUACCUAAUCUAUCGAUUGUUUCGGGGAUUGCACAUGAAUAUCUAGCUAGCUAGCUAGCCUGCUAGCUACAACAGUCAAAAUGGCGGACAACGAGGAUGAGAGCGAUGUGUCAAGUACAACAACAGGGGCAGAUCAUGGUACAAUAUAUCAAGUUCAAUGUGUUUCUGGGUUGCCAGAAAAUGAAACCUCAACAGAAUUGGAAAAUCAGAACCAAGUCGGCGAGAACUGUAUUGAAGCGCAGGGCUUGACAGAUUUUCUGCAAAGCUGCACAAAAGAGGAGACAUUCGUUGCAAAGGACUCCCAAGUGGUUGUCAGCCAAACUGAUGGAAAUGAACAACAACCUGAACAAAACAUAACGUCUAUUGUUGAGACGUCAGGUAUUGCAAAUGGUGCAGAGUAUUCUACAGUCAGUGCUGACUUUGUAAACGCUCUCGCACCUGGAACCACCAUUAUUUAUGUGCAACCAGACGGUAGUUUUGUUGAGGGAUCAGGUCUGACUGCAGAGGAGCAGCAACAGCUAGUGGAGCAGUUGGCCAAACAGCAGCUUGUCACAGUGACAGAGAGUGAGGCUGUUCGCCUGUUUGAACAAAAUCAAGUAAUCAAAACACUCCCUACUACUUCAUCACAGACACAGUAUACUAUUCCAAGUACAGCACUGGCUCCCAAUGAGCUGCAACAAGUGCUAGAGCAAGUGAUCAAAUCUCAGCAAUCCAUGGCCCAGACACCCAAGGAAUCGGAGCAGGUUGUGACCACUCUGGACCCCACAACUGGCUUGUUCACGACUGUUGCAGCUUCAGAGAUUACAGUAGGAAGCCCACAUCCACUGGUCACUAUGCAGAAUGCAUCACAGCAGCUGAAGAAGGUCGCAAAACAAGUGGCACUUCAGUCCCACAAUGGUACGCGCCUGGUCCCGAAAAAGCAGGAAACCAUCAGAAUCCAAGUCCAGAUGCCCUCUGGAAAGCAGGAGGUGAAAGGACCUACGCAGGCUACCAUUUCAAUCCCCCAACAGAAGAAUUUGGCUUUGAUGAGUCAAGGCCAGCAGGUCAAAGUGUCUACAAAUGGCAGUGUGAGCAGCAGCCCCCAGAUCAUCCACAUCACACCCAUGGUUGGACAGCAACAGUACUUCCUACAGCAGAACCCUGGAGACCCUCCCAUUCAGCUGCUUCUGCAGAGCUCAACCCCCGUGGUUGGCAGCCUGGUUCCCAUUGUGCACAAACUGCCCAUACCUGUUCAGACCCCAGUCCAGCAGCCUUCUAGUAAGGCCCCGGUCAACGGCACAGCAGUUAAACCUGCCACCACGUCUGUCUCUGUCCCAGCCUCCACAGUGGAAAAAGUUAAAAGGGUCAAAGCCAGAGUGAAGAAGGCACCGAAUAUCAAAACCCGUUCCGGGAGGGUGUCCAGACCGCCCAAGUACAAGGUGAAGGACUAUAAGUUCAUCAAGACAGAGGAUUUGGCCGAGGGCCAUCAGUCAGAUUCUGAUGAUUACUCUGAGAUCAGUGUGGAGGAAGAUGAGGAUGGCGAGGAUAGUAAAAAGGGAGCAGCAUCUAUGAGUUACAGUCACAAGCGGAAGGCCUUUCAAUGUGAAACGUGCGAUAAAGCUUACAUAGGCCAAGGAGGUCUGUCCAGACACUACAGGCUGAAUCCCUCUCACGGUGAACUGAAGUCCCCUCCUGAAGGGACCCCUAAAACGGACAGCCCUGGUAAGAGAGCAGGCGCUGGGGCCGAACAUAAGAAGCCGACUGAAGAGAGUAAUGCCUACAGUGUUAAAAAUACAUCAGGUCCUGAGAAAAGUGAUGCCACAGAGAAAACAGCUGCUGCAACGUCAACCACUCAACAAAAAGUGGAUACCACGGCAGCCCAAGCAGUAGCAGCUUCUACCAGACAGGCAGUGGGCCAGGUAGUGGUCCAGGCUCGGGGACCAGGGAGGCCCAGAGGACGGGGCAGACCACCUACCAAAGGCCUGCCGACGGUGGCAGCACACCCAGCAGUGAGACGGGGGCGACGGGGCCGACCCCCAAAGCUAGGAGGGGGAGUAGCCAGUGUGGAGCAGCAGGCCCAGAGAAGGAAAGCACGACUGAAAGAGGUGACACACGAGUGUGAUAAUGAAGAACUGAUGGAGACUGUGCUCCCUCGUCUGGCUAAGGUCAUGACUGUCUGGGAGUUCCUCUUGAUGAAGGUGGAGAAAGGGCGGCAACCCAAAGCCCAGUUUUCGGAUGUCUACCGGGAGUUUGAGCAGCUCCACAGCCAGGUGAAGAAGAUGGCCCAGGACUAUAUCAGUAACCCUCAGCAGGGUGUCCACACGGCUUUGGAGGUCCACAAUGUAGAUGUUGCCAAAUCUCUUGGCAUCGUCGAUGAGGUGAACAGGUUGAAAGUCCUCAACCCUCCAACGCAGCAGAAUGUCACCAACAUGGCAACCAAGAAUGUCCGCUACAUGGAGAAUUCUAAAAUGUUACCUCCAACGAAGAGAUUUAAAAUGGAAAACCGGGUUGGUGUUCAAAUCCAUCAGAACGGCAUUGAGACUUCCAAAAUAGAAUCCAGUGAGGCCAAAGUAGAGAACACUGCAUCAACAAGCAUGAAGAACAAUUCACCACAAACUCAGGCGCCCACCAAGAGCCCCGCGGGCCCUCAAGCCACUCAGACUGCUAUUGUCAAACCACAGGUUGUCUCAUCUAACCCAGAGACGAAUGUAACACCCAUGGAACUGAUCCAGGAUCACUUAUCCAACAGCAUGACAGAGACGGUUGACUCAGCAGGAGGAGAGGAGACCAUGGAGACAGGUCAGGGUGCGUCUGGUACGGAACCAACCGAGGUCCUGAGCACCUGUGACAUGGGCCCUCAAGCCACUCAGACUGCUAUUGUCAAACCACAGGUUGUCUCAUCUAACCCAGAGACGAACGUAACACCCAUGGAACUGAUCCAGGAUCACUUAUCCAACAGCAUGACAGAGACGGUUGACUCAGCGGGAGGAGAGGCCAUGGAGACUUGUCAGGGUGUGUCUGGUACAGAACCAACUGAGGUCCUGAGCACCACUGACAUAGCAGAUCAGAUGAAAGAGUUAGAGAAGGCCUUGGCCACAGACCCAGUCCCAGUAGAUCAGCAGCCCAGGAGUAGUAGCACUCAGCCGCAUCAGCCCAACCGUACCCUGGACCAGGAGAGUGGCCCGACCCAGCCUGUCUCCAGCAGAGGCCAGGUAGUGGUUCAGGAGACCCAGGAAGGCCAAGAGAUCUACAUCCAGACCGAGGGGCUCACCAUGCACCUAGCAGAGGGCCAGGAGGGCGACAUGGCCUCUGAGCGCAUCGUCAUCGUCAAUGGACCUGACGGCACCACCAUGCACAUCCGCGCCCCUGAAGGAGUCCCUCUGGAAGCAGUCCAUGCCCUGCUUGGUAUUGAGGCUGAGGGGAAAACACAGCAGUGAUUUGUUGUUUCUCCAUAUUCGACCCCCUCAACUUCACCCAUAUUGAUUUCUUACUUCUGGUGGAUUUUAUUGUAUUCCAAGUGUUCUUUAUGAAUUUGUAAACAUUAUUUUCGAUGUGGUGUUUUCAUAUUUAGACAAAUUAAUAGCCCUUCCUUAAAAGUGUUUAGUUGUUUGUGAUAUGUUUAUAUGUAGAUAAAUAUCAAAAGCAGUUUAAAAAAAGUUGCACUAUUUUAUUACUUUUUAUAUAUUUGGGUGUAACAUUUUCCAAACAUAAAAUAGGUUUGUAAUACCAUGGGACAUUUAUUCAAUGGAGGGGAAACUUUAAAAGAAAUUGUGAAAGUUGUGGUUUUAUUCAUUUCCAUGUUUCAUUUGUGAUUCAUUGUUGCAGUACAACCAUUUCAUAUACUGUACAGUUUAGCUCAUUUUCCUCUUAAUAAAGGAUGUGAGAACAA